AUGACCGAGCUUCUGAGCUCUGGUCCGUAUAAAAUGCUAAAGAAAGACCCCACAGAUCGAAUGUGUCGCAAACUGACCAGUACGUUACUGGCACUAAAGAAAGACAAAGUUCUAGAUGAGGCUACAUACAAAAAGAUAAAGCCCAUACAGAAACAGCCACCUAGAAUAUACGGGUUGCCCAAAAUACACAAACCCGGGAUACCUCUCAGACCAAUAGUUUCAUGCAUAGGUUCUUUUGCCUAUAACCUAUCAAAGUACCUGGCGGACAUCCUGUCCCCUCUCACUAACUGCUCAGAACACACGGUUACCAACUCCAGUGAAUUCGCUGAAUUCACAUCGGAGCAGACAAUUAACGAACAAGAAUCCAUGAUCUCUUUUGAUGUAGUCUCCCUCUUCACUAACGUACCGAUAGAGGGCGCAUGCAGUACGGCCCUGCAACGCAUGCAAUCCGACCCCACAUUAUCAGAACGUACCACACUUAUGCCUGAACAAAUAGCCGAACUCCUCGAGUUCGUCCUCAGAUCCACAUAUUUUCUGUACAGAGGCUCUUUCUAUGAGCAAACAGAAGGAGCAGCAAUGGGUAGCCCAGUCUCAGCGGUUGUGGCUAACCUAUAUAUGGAAGGAUUUGAACAGAACGCUUUGCCCAAGUGUCCUUCCACAUGCCGCCCGCGGGUGUGGAAGAGAUACGUCGAUGACACUUUCAUAAUUGUAAAUAAUUCCGAAGCAGACAGCCUACUCGCAUACAUGAACAGCCAGCAACCGUCCAUCCAGUUCACUCUGGAGACUGAACAAGGAGGGAAAUUAGCAUUCCUUGAUACGCUAGUCCAAAGACACGAGGGCGGGAAACUUUCCACCUCUGUCUACCGCAAGCCCACUCAUACAGACCAAUACGGAGUGGCUUAUACCAUAUGA